GAGCCAAAUGUCAAAUUGCCAAAAGUUUGUAAAAUUCUAAGCAGAAGCACCAAAUCCAAUUUAUUUUAUUAACAGAAUAAUUUUAUAAUAAAGUAAUGUCUACCAAAGUAUCAAACAAAAAAUUUAAAUGGGCGCUAGAUUUUAAUGUUGCCAAGAAUACAGAUAUUCCAUCUCCACCGGGAUAUAAUCCAUCAGUUCCACAAAGUCAAUCCGAAGUUGUUCGAGAUCAUCAUCUGAUGAUUAAAAGAUCAUGGGAUUUAGCUUUGGGACCAUUUAAACAAUUACCAAUGAAUCUCUUUAUAAUGUAUAUGGCAGGAAAUUCAAUAUCGAUUUUUCCAAUAAUGAUGGUUGGUAUGAUGUUAAUUAGACCAAUUAAAGCUAUGUUUGCUGCUCCUACAUCUAAAAUGGCCGAUGGCACACAGGGAAGUGGCCAAAAAUUAAUAUAUCUAUUAGGAAAUUUGGCAAACAUUGCUUUAGCUUUAUAUAAAUGCCAAAGUAUGGGAUUACUACCAACUCAUGCAUCCGAUUGGCUAGCAUUUGUUGAGCCACAGACUAGAUUAGAAUAUUUUGGUGGGGGAGUAUCUUUAAUAUAAUUUAUUAUUUAUUAAUAUGAAUUUUUGAUUGUGCGGUACGGUGUUUUGUAAUGUUAUACUUUUUAGCCUAAUAAAAAUGAUAUGACCAUUUAACGAAA